CCCUCACUCGCUGCAGCCUGCAGCCUGGUCUGCACGCGCAAUGGCCCUGAGGAAAGGAGGCCUGGCCCUGGCGGUGCUGCUGGCGUGCUGGGUGGCGCCGGGCCACCAGUGCCCAGCCGCCUGCACCUGCAGCUACGACGACUACUCGGACGAGCUCAACGUCUUCUGCAGCUCGAGGAACCUCACGCAGCUGCCCGACGGCAUUCCCGCCAGUGCCAGGGCGCUGUGGCUCGACGGCAACAACCUCUCCUCCAUCCCCCCGGCGGCCUUCCAGAACCUCUCCAGCCUGGACUUCCUCAACCUGCAGGGCAGCCAGCUGGGCAGCCUGGAGCCGCAGGCGCUGCUGGGGCUGCGGAGCCUGUACCACCUGCACCUGGAGCGGAACCGGCUGCGGAGCCUCGCGGCCCACACGUUCACGCACACGCCCGGCCUGGCCUCGCUCAGCCUCAGCAACAACCUCCUGGGCAGGGUGGAGGAGGGCCUCUUUGCAGGGCUCGCCAACCUCUGGGACCUCAACCUCGGCUGGAACAGCCUGGCGGUGCUGCCCGACACGGCGUUCCAGGGCCUGGGCAACCUCCGCGAGCUGGUGCUGGCCGGCAACAGGCUGGCCUACCUGCAGCCGGCGCUCUUCUGCGGCCUGGGCGAGCUGCGCGAGCUGGACCUGAGCGGGAACGCGCUGAGGAGCGUCAAGGCCAACGUCUUCGCGCGGCUGCCCCGGCUGCAGAAGCUCUACCUGGCCCGCAACCUCAUUUCCGCCGUGGCCCCGGGUGCCUUCCUGGGCAUGAAGGCGCUGCGCUGGCUGGACCUGUCCCACAACCGCGUGGCCGGCCUCCUGGAGGACACGUUCCCAGGCCUGCUGGGCCUGCACGUCCUGCGCCUCUCCAACAACGCCCUCGCCGGCCUGCGGCCCCGCUCCUUCAAGGACCUGCACUUCCUGGAGGAGCUGCAGCUCGGCCACAACCGCAUCCGGCAGCUGCCCGAGCGGGCGUUCGAGGGCCUGGGGCAGCUGGAGGUCCUCACGCUCAACGACAACCACAUCCAGGACAUCAAGCCGGGCGCCUUCCUUGGCCUCCUCAACGUGGCAGUCAUGAACCUCUCCGGCAACUGUCUCCGGAACCUUCCAGAGCAGGUGUUCCAGGGCCUGGGCAAGCUGCACAGCCUGCACCUGGAGGGCAGCUGCCUGGGCCGCGUCCGCCGGCACACCUUCGCUGGCCUCUCGGGGCUGCGCAGGCUGUUCCUCAGGGACAACGGCAUCUCCGACAUCGAGGAGCAGAGCCUGUGGGGCCUGGCCGAGCUCCUGGAGCUGGACCUCACCUCCAACCAGCUCGCGCAGCUGCCCCGCCGGCUCUUCCAGGGCCUCGGCAAGCUGGAGUUCCUGCUCCUCUCCCGCAACCGGCUGUCGGAGCUGUCCGCGGAGGCCCUGGGCCCCCUGCAGCGGGCCUUCUGGCUGGACGUCUCGCACAACCGCCUGGACACGGUGGCUGAGGGCCUCUUCUCGCCACUGGGGCGGCUGCGCUUCCUCAGCCUCAGGAACAACUCGCUGCGGUCCUUCGUGCCGCAGCCUCCGGGGCUGGAGCGCCUGUGGCUGGAGGGCAACCCCUGGGACUGCCGCUGCCCCCUCAGGGCGCUGUGGGACUUCGCCCUGCAGAACCCCAGCGCCGUGCCCCGCUUCGUCCAGGUGGCCCCCGAGGGGGAUGACUGCCAGCCCCCCGUGUACACCUACAACAACAUCACCUGUGCCAGUCCCCCUGGCGUCGCGGGCCUCGACCUGCGGGACGUCGGUGAGGCCCACUUUGCUCACUGCUGACCCCGGGCUCCAGGCUGUGGUCCCCUGCCUGGUUUGCCCUGGCCAGACACUGCCCUGUGGUCACGACAGGUCCUUGCUGUCCUCAGAAUGAGGAGCUGUGAAGGACGGUCCCGGGGGUCUGCCAGCCUGACGGGGUGGGGGUGGC